ACUCGGUUACGUUCGUGUACGAGCCUCUAGCGCUUUACAACCUUCCUCGAAUCAUUCAGUAGGUUAGAACAUGCAACGAAGUGAAUGUGAUGCACGAAAUUGCGUGGCAUCUGCGGCGUGUUCUACUAAAUCUUCAACGAAAAUGGGCAAAUUAGUCGGCGGGAUCGAAGGGGGAGCAACACAUUCAAAUAUCAUUGUUCUCGACUCCAAUGGCAACGUCUUGGGUACUGCCACUGGUCCUGGUACCAACCACCACCUGAUAGGGAUGGAGGAGUGCCAAAAAAGAAUAGCGGAUAUGGUAAACGCCGUUAAAUUGAAACUCAAAAUGGGCUUUCAUCAACCUUUCGAUGCUCUGGGUCUUAGUCUGAGCGGCUGCGAGGAAGAAAAAACUAACCAAGAACUGGUCAACGGUCUCAAAGACUCAUAUCCCAAUUUGGCAAAAACUUAUGCUGUGGGUAGCGACACCGAGGGUUCGGUGGCCACCACGUCCAACAAGGGCGGUAUUACUUGCAUCGCAGGAACGGGUUCCAACACCCUCCUCAUCAAUCCAGACGGGAACAGAGUUCAGUGUGGGGGUUGGGGAAACCUCCUGGGGGACGAAGGAAGCGCAUGGAAAAUUUCGCAUCGAGCCAUCAAAUACUGUUUCGACGAUCUGGACAACUUCGAGAAACCUCCCUUUCCGACUGACGCCAUCUGGGCCACUGUUAAACAACACUUCAACAUUCAAGCACAAGCUGACAUCUUGGACUACUUCUACACUAAAUUCGACAAGGCGAAUAUAGCAGCUCUGUGUAAAAAAAUAUCAGAACUGGCCUUCAAAGGCGACGAACUUUCCAAACAUAUUUUCGAAGAAGCUGGAACUCACUUGGCCAAGUCUAUAGCUGCUGUGGUAGCGAAGGCGUCUUCAGAACUAGUUGAAAGAGAAGGUGGUGUUCACGUUCUCUGUGUCGGUUCGGUUUGGAUAAGUUGGGAUUUGUUGAAACCGGGUUUCGUUACCUGGAUGAGGAAAAAUACGGAGAUUAGAACGAUUUCUUUGUUGCGGUUGACGAAGAGUAUGGCUAUGGGUGCUUGUUAUAUGGCUGCGGAUAAAGCCGAGUUGGAUGUUAAAAGGAACUAUCCGCAAAAUUAUACGGUAUUUUAUAAGUACGAUAUGAAGUCUGCUUUUGAUAGAUGAUUUGAAGAAACUGAAUCACUUGCUGGGUCAUAACUAGUCAGCAAAUCCUAAAUUGAGAUAAUUACAUUGGAUGUUUUGUGUAUAUAAAUUUGUAUAUUUUUGCAAUUGUUGUGAAAUUACUCUGAUAUUUGUGUAAGUUUCUCUUUUUUUGCUUGUGUACUGAUGUUCCUCCUGUACAUAUUUAUAUAUAAAUAUAUAAAUAAAAUGUGAAAUAGA